GUGUUGUUUAAGCCAAGUCAGACAUUCAGUAGCCGACAGGACGCCCAACCAGCAGUUCACCGGCAGAAGCCAAGCGGCCAUAGAAACGGGCUUUCCACUAGUGAUGAUCUACUAACGUGGCCACCAUGAGCAUUUUUCCGAGGUGGGCAGCCAUGCUGCUACUCCUGGGCCUGGCCCACCAGCUGGACCCCUCGCUCGCCGCGUCCACAUCCCCGUUCGCAUCCGGAAACGCCUGGCAGCGUGCCCUCUUCGGCCGGGACUCGCGCAACCUGAUGCACCGCAGAGCCCCGUUUUCCGGCUCCGCGGAUCUACGCCUCGACGAUUACCUGGGCCUCUAUGGCGCUGCCGAGCAGGAACAGCACCAGCCGCUUCCUCCACCGCAGCAGAUGCGCCCACAGACCGAAGUUUACGGAAUUGUAGAGCCGCUGAUUGAGGACACGCCCUGCGCCGACCGCCCCUGCCUCCUCAACGACGAUUGCUGUCCUUCCGGAGUGUGCGUCAGCACAUACGGUGAAGGCAAAUGCGUAUAUGUGUUUGGCCGUCAGCGGGAUCUGUGCCAGGGACAUGCGGACUGUCCGCAGGGCAGCUCCUGCAUGCUAGUCCCCCAGGAGGGAGUGUGGCGGUGUGAGCCGAGUGUGGAGUCCGGAGGGUCCUCAUCGCUGCUGGAGGGCAUAUUCGGCCCGAAGGAGAGGCAACCGCUGGGCAGCGAGUGCAGCAGCAGCAGCGACUGCCAGGUUAUCAACGGAAUGUGCUGUCAGCAGCAGCGUUUGCACCACCGGGCAGCCAUCAAGCUGAGCUGUGGCUACUUUCGCGAUGCCUUUGACUGUGUGGAUAUGGUCGGAGCAGAGCAUCGCCGGAACUGAAGAUCACAGUUCUCAGGUAGCAAAGCUCAGGAAACCAAGAGAAGUCUAACAGAAAAUGAAUCGGAUAACUGAUUGAGUAAGAACUACUUCAAUAUUCAAGCAUAUCGAAAUGUUAAACGAAUACAUACGAGUAUCAAGGUCAAAUUGCUAUAGCUUAAUUUGUAUUUCUAUGAUCUGCAUAUAAAUAUUUGCUAUUACUCCAACGUUCUUAGACAUCUAGAUGUGUUUUUAGUAGACUCCAAAAAUACUGACUGAGGCAUUCAAUGUUAAUAGCAGAAAGAAGAGUAUUCCAAUGCAGUUAUACCAUAAUAAAUCGUUUCAAGUCUAAAUGUAAAUCAAAUACAAUAAAAGCAUUACCAAAUAUCUGCA